GGUAUUGCUUGCUAAAUUGCCAUGGCUAGAAAUUUAUGACAAAUGCUAAUGUGAGAAACGAUGUAUUAGUGGCUGCGUUUUGUGACUGAUCUUUCGCGAUGAUGUGAUCUAUCGGAAAUGGCGAUGUUGGCGGGGAAUUUUGUGACACAACCGCUCCAUUUUUCCAGACAAACCAUGGAAAGUACCGAUGGUUCGAUAUCCAUGGACUCCAGUGACAAUUUCGACAGAGAAUCGAUAAACAUUGACAAUACAAGUUGUUGUAGUGAUGAUACCGUCCUAUCCGUCGGCAACGAGACUCCGGUGUCAGCAUGUAAAAGUGAGAUUUUGUCGUUUAAAAAUAUCGAAAAUCACUUGAACGCAAUAUCGCACAUAACGAACAGUACUCUGAAAUCGCGUCACUCUGACAGAGAGUCUUCUAGUCCUGUAAAUAGUUUGUUAAGCCCCUCUAGUACAAAAUCGUCCUCGUCGAGUUUCUGUUUCCGUACGGAAAGUGUGAAAAAUAGUCCUGCGAUAAGUAAUUUUCUGAAUCAGAACAACCACAAAGACACUUCCGAAGAUGACGCCAAUAACGUGAGGUUGAAGUUUUCCAUAGACAAUAUUUUGAAAGCCGAUUUCGGCAGGCGUAUUACUGAUCCUAUAAAUAUCAGAAAGUCGCUGCCUAAAAGGGUGAUUCCUGAAGGCGUAGAGGAUGCUGGCAAAAGUUCAGGGCCUGUGGACCUCAGCAAGGGUGAAGAUAAAGAGAAGAAGGAAGAAAAACAGCCGAUAUUGUGGCCUGCGUGGGUUUAUUGCACUCGUUACAGCGAUCGACCUAGUUCAGGUCCCCAUCUUCAGAUAGCUUCUCUGUAUGAUUUGAAGUGCUUCUUCAACAGGGAAGUUGAUGUAGAGGCUUUUCACGUCGAAACUGAUUAG